AUGUGUGAUAGAGAUAAUAGUGAUGGAUGCUGUGGAAGUCAUCACCACCAUCACGAUGAUCAUGAUCAUCACAAAGAAACUCUAAAUGAUUCUCAGAAUGGUGAACAGAUUCAAUCAUCGGAAGAGAGUUUGAAAUCAAAAACAACAACAAUCAAAAAGGAUGACAAUACUUGUUCCAAUCACGAUCAAAAGCAUCACCACUGUUGUAAACAUCAUUGUGAAGAAAUUUACAUUGAGAAGGAUCCUCUAGUAUUGGAAUUGUUCGACAAUACAGCUCAAGUAUUCAGUAAAAUGGAAGAUCUGACCUAUGUAGAGGGAGACGAGGAACCAAUGAUUAAACAAUUGCAUUCCAUUCUCUUGGAAGAAUCAGUGGAGAAUAUUCAAGAUGAUUUAUUGGAAUUACUUUCAGAUUUCAAAUAUGGAAGGGAUAAAAAAUUUCAUUCGAAACUGUGGACACUAUCGAGAGGUUAUUUAUUCUUGGCUAAAUUUUGGAGUUUACAAUUUUUGAAUGAGGAAGAUUAUGACUUUGAUGGUUAUGAAUGGUUGAAGAAUAGAACUUUUAUUCCAGAUCAUGUCAAUCAGGAAAAAUUGGCCAAGUGUAUUGGCUUCUCAUUUGCUUGGAUCAAUGUCAUUUAUCCAAAAGCAAUUAUGGAAUAUGAACCGUAUAUAACUGUAUUAAUAGAUAAUGGCAAGUUGACCAUUGCUGAUUUGUGGUUGGAGAAGAAUUUGGAAGUUGUUUCUUUCACUUCAAAUGAAGGUUCAAUGAAUAUCAAAAAGGCUCCUCUACAUUUCAAUAAGAGAACCUUUUCCCAAUUCAGAGGAGAAGCUUUCAUCAUUGGUGAUAAGCAUAAUGAUACAACUAUUCGAAAGGAGAAUUAUUUCACACUCGAUAUUGAUAUUAAGGAAAAUCCAGACGUCGUUGGAGACGCAUUCGAUGUAAAGACAUUAAUGGCAUUCCCUUCGAAUAGAUUCUUGAGGGUUGUUCUCAAUUUUAUUGGGCACAACAUUCUGGGAAAUAAGAGACUCUUAGUAGAAUAUUAUAGAAUUUUGAGACAUGGAGGUACUCUCUUUUUCAAGACAGAACAUGUAAAUAAUGAUGGAAUUGACAAGAUUUUGGAUAGAAAACUCGAGUUUGAAAAGAAUUUGUGGAAUACAGGAUUUUGUGAUAUUUUCAUUACCCAGAAGUAUGAUAGUGAAACAACAGUCUAUGCACCACAUUACUUUUUAGUUGAGGCACGAAAGAGAUAAUAUUAUCAAUAAAUUCAAUAUAAAUUAUUUC